AUGAAUAUAAUGUGGAUACUAUCUGCUAAUGAGAAAAGUGGAAAUUAUUAUAGAGAUAUAAAACAAUAUGUGUUCACAACACACAAUCCAAAUGGCUCCGAGUCUGAAAUAUCCGUGAGAGCAACCACUGAUCUGAGAUUUGCUCUAAAAAACUAUAAACUUGGCAAUGCAAGUGCUGAAAAACCCAGUGAAGAAACUUCAGAACCCUCUCAUAAAAAUAUUCAAAGAACAACCCCAAAUCUGCCUGAAUUUUGGACAAUGUUAGCCAAAGCUUUAACUCAGUCAACAUCCGGGUUCGAGGGAAAUGAUUUAUUUAAACCAAUUCCAGGCUCUGAUGUAAAUGCUACAAACCAAGACAAACUGUCAGAGCUGCAGGAAAUCAAACUCAAAUUAAUGUUGGGCAUCGCACUGAUGACCCUCCUCCUUUUUGUCACCCUCUUGGCCUUCUGUAGUGCCACACUGUACAAUCUGAAGCAGCUGAGUUAUAAAAGUUGUGAGAGUCAAUACUCUAAACCAGAGCUGGCCACUCUUUCUUACUUUCAUCCAUCAGAAGGUGUAUCAGACACAUCUUUUUCUAAGAGUGCAGAGAGCAGCACAUUUUGGGGCACCACUUCUUCAGAUUUGAGAAAAUCAGGCACAAGAAGGUCAAAAUCUAAAAAUUUGACGGACAUGACUUCCACGGGCUCAGAUGAAACGGGCAUGAAUGAGGAGUCAGACUUAGUUAACAGUGAGGAACCGAAUGAGGAAAAAUAGAUAACUUUGACUCUUUUGUCAAAAAAAAAAUCUUUUUGUCUCAUUCUAAUGCCAUGAUUUUGAAACUGCUGAGACAUUUACAUUUUCUAGUGUCUUAAAAGAAGGACAUCUUCAAUAAAAGCUAUUUCAGUUUUAAAAUUUAUUUAAUGGAAAAUACACAAGGAAAUAAUUCAAGGUGUAGAAAACUCAUCAAGUAAAAAACCACCCCGGAGAGCGACUUAUGACUCGU